UAUAAGGAGCUCUGUGCAGGGUGGUGUCACUCUUCGUCGUCAUUAAUUUGGUUCUUCAGCGGUCGAGACAAUGAAUCCAAAGUCCCCGCCGCGGCCGUAUGGGCGUUUAGAUUCGUUUGGGAAGCGAAGGCAAAUGCUCAAGGUUCAGGUCUUGGAAAGAGAGAUUGGUUUGCUUCAGGAGGAGUUAAAAUCACUCGAAGGCCUUCAACCUUCUUCCAGGAGCUGCAAAGAGCUUGAAACCUUUGUAGGGGCCAAACCAGAUCCUUUUAUAACAACGAAUCAGGAGAUGCAUAAGUCCCAUCGUUCCUGCAUUGGUGAUGGAGCAGGGCCAGAUUUGGUGUGAAUCUCCCAUGGAUUUUGUGCUGUAGCGGCUGCGCAAUUCAUCUAGAAAUGCCAAAGUGCUGCACCAGCUGCAGGUGCUCAAAGAAGAAGAGUUGGCAAAAGUUUUGGAAUUUCCUAGACUCUUCAUGCCCACCUACGCUACUUCCUGCUGCUGUUUCAAAAUGCAUUCGUGUAAAAUGUACAAAUCAAGCUAAGUAUUUGGUCUAGUUCUGUGAGAACCUAAAUAAUAUAUUUUUAAUUUAUGGCCUUUGUUGGUAUAUGGAUGGGGCAUUCAUUUAAACAAAAGGUGCACUG